AUGCGUGUCACUCAAGUCGUGUGUUCCGUUCUCGCUGCUGCCUCUAUGGUAUCUGCCGAGUGGACUGUCGGAUUUUUCGAGAGCUACUCGUGUCAGGGUAAUUCUGCAGGAGCUGGAGACGAUGUGGCAGUGGGCUGCACGAACCUCAAUCACAAUGGCGACCUCAUCUCUGCUAGUUUGACCGGCACCGAAAGUUGGAAGGUCACACUUUACUGCGAGAAUGACUGCGGCGGUGCUCACCCCAUGGGCCUUACCGGCGGUUGCGUCGAAGCCCGAGGCGAUUGCCCAAACAUCAAGUCCUACAAGUAUAGGUCGAGGCUGCUUAAGAGCGAGCUCGAUUAUCUUCUGGGGUACCUUCAGCAACUGAGAUCUCAACGAAAUACCAUAAAUAUUAAUGCUAUUGAAGUUCUGUCUGGAGGCUCUGCCAACCGCUUCGCCGUCAUGCUUUGA